UUCAUUUAAUUCUUGCUUUUGCUUGUGGAAGGGUGUCGAAUUUGGUGCGUUAGUUCAUCUCCUUUUAUAUUCUUUCUUCACAUAACUUAUUGUCUCCCAUUUUUCCCUCUCAACUUUCACCUUUCUUUCUCUCGAAUGGAAUUGCCAGUGAAGUCACCGGUUUACGGUCGCCGGAAACCUCCAUACAGAUUAGAGACUAGAAAUUUGUCUUACAAGUUGAGCACCCCAUUUGAAGACUACUUCAGGUGGAUUUUUUGCAGUGGUCGAAAUCGAGAUAGACCUGCAAAGUUCAUCUUGAAGGGCGUGGAUUGCGAAGCUAGGCCCGGACAGAUAACAGCCAUAGCGGGACCGAGUGGUGCAGGCAAAACUACGUUGCUAGAGAUUCUCGCCGGGAAGAUACCGCCUUGUGAAGUGUCAUCAGGGGAAGUUCUUGUUAACGGCAAGCCUAUCGACGUCAAACAUUUCCGGCGAGUUUCGGGAUAUGUCACGCAAGACGAUGCGCUAUUUCCACUGCUUACAGUCGAAGAAACGCUCAGGUAUAGUGCGCUUUUGAGGUUACCUGGAGGGAGGAAGGAAGCUGGUUCUAGAGUGAAAGGGCUGUUAAAGGAGCUUGGAUUGGAGCAUGUGGCGAGUUCGAGAAUUGGUUACGGAUCGAAUAAUGGCAUCUCGGGUGGCGAAAGGCGACGAGUAUCGAUCGGAGUCGAUUUGGUUCACGACCCUGCGGUUAUCUUGAUCGAUGAACCAACUUCGGGAUUGGAUUCUGCGUCAGCUCUUCAUGCAGUGACACUGCUGAAAUCCAUGGCGCUCAAUCAAGGUAAGACUAUUGUUUUAACCAUCCACCAACCUGGUUUCCGGAUCCUCGAGCUGUUCGAUCGCAUCGUGUUGCUUUCGAAUGGAUUCGUUGUUCAUAACGGAGAGCUAAAUCUUCUCGAAGACAGACUAAAGUUAGCCGAUCAUCGAAUCCCUCGGCACGUCAAUGUCCUCGAAUUUGCCAUCGACGUCGUCGAAACUCUAACGGUAUCAAAUCCAGGUACACUAAGCAACAUAAACCAUGGAGGCCGUCGAAUAAGAAGCCCAAUCGAUCUCGAAAGAAAGCUGAUUGUUUACCCAAAUUCCCGAUUCGACGAAGUCCUGAUAUUAGGCCAAAGAUUCUGCAGCAACAUCUUCAGAACCAAGCAACUCUUUGCAACAAGAGUUAUACAAGCUUUGGUAGCUGGAUUUGUACUCGGAACCAUAUACUUCAACGUCGGAAACGAUAAAGGAAGCACCGCUUUACAAACUCAAACCGGCUUCUUCGCCUUCACGCUCACGUUCUUACUAUCGUCCACCACGGAGGGACUACCAAUUUUCUUACAAGAAAGAAGAAUCCUAAUGCGAGAGACAUCAAGAGGAGCUUACAGAGUUUCCUCCUAUGUCUUAGCCAACACCAUCGUUUUCCUUCCAUUUCUUUUACUGGUCGGUCUCCUCUUCACUUCACCGGUUUAUUGGCUAAUCGGCUUGCGACGAGACACCGUCGACGGGUUCCUUUACUUCUCCCUAGUGGUCUGGAUGGUUCUUUUGAUGUCCAAUUCAUUCGUGGCAUGUUUCAGUGCACUCGUGCCGAACUUCAUCAUGGGGAACUCGGUGAUUGCUGGUUUAAUGGGGUCUUUCUUCCUGUUUUCUGGGUAUUUUAUAGCUAAAGACAAGAUACCCAAUUACUGGGUUUUCAUGCACUAUUUGAGCUUGUUUAAGUACCCAUUUGAGUGUUUUAUGAUCAAUGAAUUUGGAGGGAAACAAGGGGAGAAGACGUGCAUUGAAGUUGAGAAUGGUGAAUGUAGUUUGUUUGGGAGUUGGUUCCUGAGACAACAAGACCUGAAAGAUUCACAGAAAUGGACCAAUUUGGCUGUGAUGUUGGGCUUCAUUGUUGGGUACAGAGUCCUUUGUUUAUUGAUUUUGUGGUAUAGAUGUUACAGAGCAAGAAACUAGAUAUAUAAUAUCUUUCUUUUCUUUCUUUUUUUCAUUAUUAUU